CAAGACCACGUUGGAACUAGCGCCAUGAAACGCUCAGCCUCGGCUCUCAAUGAGAUACCAUCCAGGUGGGACGUUACUCCGCCUAUGAUAGCUCCCACGCGUUCAUCUCUACGCCUGCCUUUCGCACACUAUGCCAUGGUCUACCUGGAUGACGAAGGCGUCCUCCAGGUAGAAGAGUCGCCUUCAAUCAAAGAGCAAAACUCGACGGUCUUCACACCCGACGUACGCCAUCACUUCCUGGAGAUUCUGGGUGAGACGAGUAGCUACUACCAGUCGUUUACAAGCCCCACACUAGAGUCCUCGCCCCGUCGAGUGCGACGUCGCCAGGGGAAUGCCCCUAGUUCUUCUGUCUCCAAGGAAAGCUUGAGCAAGCAAUCUUUUGACGGUGAUGACUACUCACAUGGGUCGACUAACAUGGCUCCCCUCCGCAUUGGUGAUACCCAGAAGUUGCUCUCGUACUAUAAGGGCGCCCUCAAGCACUUCCGACAGCUCAACUGCCGCAUAGUCGCUAAGGCUUUCAUCCGGUUCGUCGAGCCGCGCAAGCAGACCCGACACCCUUACAACGGACGCAAGCCCUCGGAUGGCUCGGCCCCUGGCGCGACCGGUGACCCUGAGAAGACCAAGCCUGAGUGGUGGCCGCUGGGUGUGAUGCACAAGGAGCCUGACCACUUGCGGACAGAGUCCCGUAUUGAACUCCUGCUUCACAUCGUGCGUAAGCUUGGCAGCCAAGGGAUCACCGCGGACAAGUUGAAGGAAGUCGCUGGCGACACCAAGCGGAGUCUGAAGCACCCAUCCAAUGUAGAAAUCAUCUACGAGAUCCUCCGGGUGCGAGAGAUGGAGGAACGAUUCGAGCGAGGCGAAGUUGAUGCCAACAAGGUGGUCUAUGUUAUGAAACGCGGACCUAGCUCCAAGGAUGAUGAAGACGAGGAGUCCUCCGAUGUAACCCUGGCAACCAAAAAGUCCUACCAUAUCGAACAGGGACCCUUGACGCCAACCUCAGUCAAGCAAGUUUCUGCACCACGUACCACGCCCAUCGACACCCUCAAGCCGGUGACAUCUGGUCGCUCUCUUCCGGGUAGCCUCUUGCAGCUAGAGUCGCUCGGCUUUGAUGGCACCGGCUGUCAGGACCAGCCUUACUACGCCAUGCCCCCGCACUACACAGACUCCUGCUCGCAGCCCAUGCUUAGCAUACCCGUGGGCACCAAGAUGAUCAGCCCGCACAACAUCUCGGUCUUCGACUACCCAGCCCACAACGCCUUCUGGAUCUCCACACCGAACCACCAGCUCACAGAAGCUACCGGCCAGUACGACCCCUGGACCCCGGCCUUCCGCCAUAACAUCUUCAGUCGUGUCGAUUACAGUGUCCCAACAACCAGCCCGCCAGUGGUCCCCUCUUCCAUGUCUUACCACAUGCCCGUGACUUUGCCUGCUCAGGCGCACGGUAUUUAG